AUGGUGCGUCCUCCGUGUACAAUUCACCUUUUUCGCUCCUUCCUUACUAGCGUUGUCUCAGGUACUUUCUACGGGACCGGUCUUGGUUCGUGCGGUAUCACCAACUCGGACACCGACUUCAUCGUGGCCAUCUCGCACAUCAUCUACGACGCCUUCCCUGGCUAUACCAGUGGCAACCCUAACAACAACCCGGCCUGCGGCAGGAAGAUCCGGGCUACCUACCAGGGCAAAUCCGUCGAGGUUACGGCCGUCGACCGCUGCGUGGGUUGUGCGGAGUUUGAUCUCGACUUCUCCCCCUCAGCAUUCGACCAGCUUGCCGACCCGUCCAUCGGCCGCCUUCACGGCGUCCAGUGGCAGUGGAUCUCGUAA